AUGCUCUCUUUCGCUGCCGUUGCUCUCGCUCUCGCAAGCAGUGUCAUCGCUGCCCCCGCCGACACGCGCGACGUGCACACAAUCACGUUCAACAACAAUUGCGGCUACGGCAACCCCGUCUGGAACACACCCAGCAACGCCACCAAAAACGGCGCCGGCAACGGGUGGGCCGCUGUCGUGAGCGGCGUCGCGAGGCUCGACGUCGAUGGCUGUGGCUCGCACGGCGAGAACUGCACCGUCGUCGAGUUCACGCUCGACAACCCGAGCCUCGUUGUCUGGACGUUGACUGUGGCAAAGCUGGGCUAUGCUGGUACUGAGCGACUUAUUCGGUGUAUAGCACCAUCGUGUUGCGCAAAAAACCACAUCAAGCCUGAGGUUGCUGGAAACAUGAUAAGGUUGUUUGAUGGCGCGCCACGAUGCGACAGAAAUCAAACAAGCCGGGCGAAGGACAAACUCCAAGGGAUUCAGCAUGAGAGAGAGAAAACGCAGUAUGUAUGCAUGAAAGGAGACGACCUCAAGCUGACAAAUGGCAUUUUUGGCAGCCGAACUUUGGCCAUGUCCCAGACCGUUAAUCUAACCGCUGCCGACCCUCUCCAAAUCAACCUCGCUAGGCAGACCCGUACACUCCUCUCUCACAUCCUCCAAAACUCGCAUUAUGCCUCUUCGAUCGAGCAAGGUGCAUCAUCGACCACUCAACUUCUUGUUACAUUGUCACGGCUGCUCGCCAACCCAUCCUUGACAACCCACAUUACACAAUGUUUCCGCCCACUGCUCCUUGACUUAUCCGCACGGUGGUUAGAGGACGAUGAAGACCUUGAAGAUCGCUUCCGUGCGCUCGCUUUUUUGAUACAGCCCCACGAGGAGCUUUAUCCCGUCUUAUUCGCAUUCCUCCAAAAGCCACAACUAGCAGACGGACCUCUUCCUCUGCUCGCUGACGCACCCUCGAUUCCACAAAUCAAAGCUGCACGUCUUCACGCCCUCCUCAUUGCGUACUACCGCGUCCUGCAAGCCAACCGCCUCCUCCCAAAACACCUAUUUUGGUCGAUUGACCAUCUUUCCGCACUUUUCACGACACCACAUCCGGAUAGAGGCGUUCAACUUCUGGCUAUACGAUGCUAUGCGCUCCAAGCCGGGAUGGUUGAACGGGAACGGCAGGCGCUGGAGACUCGAGUGCUUGGCGCGCCAUUCGAGUCGGACUGUCCGAUUGUAUGCGGGCAGGAUGCUGAGGGAGCACCGGUCGUCAUGGAUGGGUGGCUGUUCCCUGCGCUGGAAGCGAAGCGAGUUGUGGACGCGAGGAAUGCGAGCGUGGAGAACUCGAAUGAGUUUUAUAUUGUCGAUGAAGUGCAUACGACGAGUGCACUUGGACCUCUUCGCAAUGACGACCUGAGUUCAUAUACCGCGAACAUACACGGUGUCCUUCUCCUAAAAUCCAACCCAUUGCCCAUCCAGCAUGCGGACAUUGUCAUGACGCCCACCGCCCAAAACGCUCUCCGCUCGCUAGCAAUCCACCGUUCCCUCCGCCUGCCUGUCCUCAUCUCCUCCCCACCUUCCUCCGGCAAAUCCCUCCUCCUCACCUACCUCAGCGCCGCGCUGCACCCAACCCAAAAAGACAACAUCGUUACCAUCUACCUGGCCGACACGUCCCUCGACGCACGCUCCCUCCUCGGCUCAUAUGUCUCCUCGGUCACGCAACCGGGCACUUUCGAGUGGAAAGAUGGCGUGCUCGUGCGCGCGAUGAAGGAGGGCAAGUGGCUUUUGCUGAAGGACAUCGAUAGGACGAGUAGCGACGUCCUUGGUCUCGUCCGGCCGCUCGCGGAGUCGAUGGGCCCUGGCAAUUGGAUCGGCGCGCGCGCGACGCUGGAUGUGCCUGGACGAGGCGAGGUAGUGGCGGCCGAGGGCUUCGCACUAUUUGCGAGUCGGUCGACGAUACCGCUCAGGAACGGGGCGAUGCCUGCGCCAGGCUUUCAUGGCGCGCACAAGUUUGCUGAGAUUGUAGUGGAUGUGCCGACGCCGGAGGAAGUCAGGAUGAUUGUGGAUGAGAAAUAUCCGAGGCUGGCUGGGGUCCUUGCGCAGGCGCUCAUCAGGAUGUGGGCAGAUGUGCAACGGCUGGGGUAUACGGCGUCGUCCAGGCCCGUAGGGCUCAGGGAUCUGGAGCAACUUUGUCGAAGGAUCAAUCACAUUCUCCCGUCUAACCAUUCGUCGUCGUCUAUGGACGUGGAUAUGGACGCCGGGGGAGAAGUUGCUCCAUUGCAGGAUAUCUUCCCCAACCCCACCUUCCGCGAAGACAUGUUCGCCGAGGCGCGCGACGUGCUCUUCGGCGCGGGAGCGUCGACGUCGGCAGCCCGCGCGCAUAGGGAUCAGGUCGCCGCUGUGGUCGCUUUGCAUCUCGGCCUGGACGACGAGCGGCGGGACUGGAUUCUCACCGGGCGCACGCCCGAGUUCGACGUCGAAAAGGACGUCAACGGCGAGACGGUCGCCGUGCGCGCGGGGUAUACGCGGUUGCGCGCGCGCCCCGCCAAACCAGGCUCCGCCUCUGCCUCGCUUGCGGCGGCGGCGGCCAAGCGGCCGUUUGCGAUGCACAAGCCCGCGAUCGGGCUCAUGGCGCGCAUCGCGACGGCCGUGUCGCUCGCCGAGCCGGUGCUGCUCACGGGCGAGACGGGCACGGGCAAGACGACAGUGGUGACGCAUCUUGCGGGGACGCUCCGGCGGCCGCUCGUCGCGCUCAACUUAUCACACCAGACCGAGUCUGCGGACCUGCUUGGCGGGUUCAAGCCCGUGGACGCACGAGUGCCAGGUGCGGUGCUGUGCGAGCGGUUUGGGGAGCUUUUUGGGGUGACGUUUAGUCGACGGAAGAACGAGAAGUUUGAGGAGGGGGUGAGGAGGGCUGUGAGGGAGGGGAAGUGGAAGAGGGCGGUUGUGUUAUGGAGGGAGAGUGUGAGGCUUGCAAGGGAGAGGAUUAGGGCGAAGAGGGUGGAGGGGAAUGUUGGAGGCGAGGAGCGUGAAGCUGUGCCGAAUGGUCUGAACGACGGUGCGCCUCGCAAGCGGCGGAAGGUAGAACAGGCGUCGCUGGAGGCGUCCGAAGCUGCUUGGGCAGACUUUGAGAAGGACGUGGACGAUUUCGAUAUUCAGCAUGUGCAGGGCAAGGGCAAGUUGGCUUUCAAUUUUGUCGAGGGGCCACUGGUCAAGGCGCUUCGGAAUGGUGACUGGGUACUUUUGGACGAGAUUAACCUUGCCAGUCCGGAAACGCUUGAGUGCAUAUAUGCGCUUCUCAAAGGCCCAACAGCAUCCAUCACCUUGACUGAGCAAGGUUCUCUCGAUCCUGUCAUCCGCCAUCCCGAUUUCCGGCUGUUCGCUUGCAUGAACCCGGCCACCGACGUUGGGAAGAAAGACCUCCCACCCAACAUCCGAGCUCGGUUCACCGAGAUCGACGUCCCCCCGCCCGACGCCGACCGCGAGACCCUCCUCGGGAUCGUGGCCCAAUACAUUGGAGCGAGCGCCGUGGGCGACAAAGCCGCGAUCCUGAACAUCGCCGAGUUCUACACUGGCGUAAAGGCGCUCUCUGAGGCGCGCGAGCUCGCGGAUACGGCAAACCACCGGCCGCACUAUAGCAUGCGCACGCUCGCGCGUGCUCUGACGUUCGCGGCGGACAUCGCGCCCACGUAUUCGCUCCGGCGUGCGCUGUGGGAGGCGUGUCUGAUGGCAUUCACGAUGGUGCUCGAUGUGCGCAGCGCCGCAGUCGUCACGGAGCUCGCGCAGAGGCAUAUUUUGGCGGGUGUCAGGAAUCCGAGGUCGUUGCUGGCGCGGGAGCCCGCGCCGCCCCAAACUCGGCAAGGGGAGGCGUACAUCAAGUUCGGGCCGUUCUACCUGCAGAAGGGGCCAUUGCCGGAAGACCUAGUGGAGGAAUACAUUAUGACGCCGUCGGUGGAGAAGAAGCUCAUCGACCUCGCGAGAAUCAUCUUGACACGAAGGUUCCCCGUGCUCAUCGAGGGCCCGACAUCGGCCGGGAAGACGAGCGCAAUUGAGUAUCUCGCGCGGCGAACAGGGCACCAGUUUAUCCGAAUCAACAACCACGAGCACACGGACAUUCAGGAGUACAUCGGGUCAUACGUCUCGGACCCCGCCACAGGCAAGCUAGUGUUCAAGGACGGGCUGCUGGUGCAUGCACUGCGCCAUGGUCACUGGAUCGUGCUCGACGAACUGAAUCUGGCGCCGACGGACGUGCUCGAGGCACUGAACAGGCUGCUGGACGAUAAUCGCGAGCUGCUUGUGCCCGAGACGCAGGAGGUGAUCAGGCCGCAUCCGCAUUUUAUGCUGUUUGCGACUCAGAAUCCCCCUGGACUCUAUGCCGGGCGCAAGGUGCUCUCUCGUGCAUUCCGCAAUCGGUUCCUUGAGGUGCACUUUGAGGAUGUACCCCAGGCGGAGCUGGAGACGAUCCUGUGCGAACGGUGUCGGAUUGCACCUUCGUAUGGUCAGAAGAUUGUUGCUGUUUUUAGGGAACUGCAGCAACGGAGGCAGGGGAGUAGGGUUUUCGAGAGCAAGCAGGGGUUUGCGACGCUCCGGGACCUUUUCCGGUGGGCGGGGAGAGAUGCCGUUGGGUAUCAGGAGCUUGCGGAGAACGGGUAUAUGCUGCUUGCGGAACGGACGAGGCGCUUGGAGGACAAGACGGUGGUGAAGGAGGUGAUUGAGUCGAUCAUGAAGGUUCGCAUCGACGAGAAUGUGCUGUACGACCUGGGCGGCAGGACGUUCGAGUUCCUGGGAUGCCCGGUGCCCUCAGGCGGCGAGCACAAGGUCGUGUGGACGGGCGCGAUGCAGCGACUGUACACGCUCGUCGCGCGGGCGAUGCGGUUCAACGAGCCGGUGCUGCUUGUCGGCGAGACGGGCUCAGGCAAGACGUCAGUGUGCCAGCUGUAUGCGGAGGCGCUCGGAAAGCGACUGUACACGGUCAGCUGUCAUCAGAAUACGGAGACGGCGGACCUUAUUGGUGGGCUGAGGCCAGUUCGUGGGCGGAGGGAGGCUGAGUUCAAUGCGGUCGGCGAUGCAACUGCUGUGCUCGGGCGUGCUGGGCUUGCUUUGCAGGGAGCAGAGCUGGGGCCGGGAGACGUUGAGGAGGUACAGGUAGCUAUUGGCAAGGCACUGAAGAGCCUCACCGGCGCGGGCAAGGGCGCGGACCCCGACUUAAUACAGGAGCUCCGGGCGAUUCAGGGUGACCUGCGGCGCCUGGCUUCGCUCUUCGAGUGGAACGACGGGCCGCUGGUGAGCGCGAUGCAGCAGGGCGACGUGUUCCUUCUCGACGAAAUCUCACUCGCAGACGACUCUGUGCUCGAGCGCCUGAACAGCGUGCUCGAGCCGAGUCGGAGCAUCGUGCUCGCCGAGCGGGGCGGAGCGGACUCACUCGAGCAUCCAACGAUCAAGGCCGCGGGGGAUUUCAAGCUGCUUGCGACGAUGAAUCCGGGUGGAGAUUAUGGCAAGAAGGAGCUGUCGCCUGCCCUCAGGAAUCGCUUCACGGAGAUCUGGGUGCCGUCUGUCGACCAGGGGAAGGAUUUGGAGGUGAUCGUUGCGAGCUCGUGGAAGGGCGAUGAGUUUAAAACGAUCACGGGACCGUUGUUGGCUUUUACGAGUUGGUUCAGGGAGAAGGUGGAUGUGUCUGCAUGUACGCUGCGGGAUAUUUUGGCAUGGGUCAAUUUCUCGAAUGUGAUGCACGAGCGCGAUUCUAAGAUGCCUCUGGAAGCAAUUUUCCAUCACGCAGCCCGGAUGACUCUGAUUGACGGGAUGAACUCGUUGCCUCAGCUUGCGCAUUGUCAUCGCGACACGCUACUUCAGUUGAACACCGAAGCGGACAAGAAGCUACACGAGCUUGCCCCCUUCUCUGACACUCAAGCACACGGAACCUACCCUCCUGAUCGAUAUGUUCAGUUUGGGCCCUUUGCUAUACCGAGAGGGAAGGAGGUACCGACAGUCAGUCGCUUCAGCCUUGAGGCGCCGACGUCUCAAGAAAAUGCGUCCCGCGUUGUCAGGGCUUGCCAAGUGCCCAAGCCAGUUCUUCUCGAAGGCAGUCCCGGAGUGGGUAAAACCAGCUUGAUCACUGCGCUCGCCAAUAUCGCUGGCUAUCGGCUCUGUCGUAUCAACUUAUCGGACCAGACCGAUCUCACUGAUCUCUUUGGGUCUGAUUUGCCGGUAGAAAACGGGAAGCCUGGGGAGUUUGCAUGGAAGGACGCGGAGUUUUUGAACGCACUGCAGGAAGGUCAUUGGGUGCUGUUGGACGAGAUGAACCUCGCACCGCAAGCUAUUCUCGAAGGUCUCAAUGCCGUGCUGGACCACCGCGGCACCGUUUACAUUCCCGAGCUGGGGCGUUCGUUCGUUCGGCAUCCUGAGUUCCGCGUAUUCGCUGCUCAGAACCCCCUGAACCAGGGCGGUGGCCGGAAGGGACUACCGCGGUCUUUUGUGGAUCGGUUUACCAAGGUGUAUCUCAACGACCUCACCCCGGAUGACCUUCUCUUGAUAUCCCGUGGCAUUUUCCAAGACCAGGGACACGACGAAGAUGUCCUUCGGGCCAUGAUCCAGUACAAUUCCACCAUCAACGACGAGGUCGUCCUCCGACGGUCAUUUGCGCGCGAAGGCAGCCCUUGGGAGUUCAACCUUCGUGACGUCAUACGCUGGGGCGAACUCCUCCGUGCAUCAGGAGGCCUCGCCGGGGACGCGGAGUCGCAUAUACGGACGCUGUACCUCAGCCGGUUCCGGACCUCGGUGGAUCGUGAAGCUGCUGCCGCUCUGGCUCGCGUCGUUUUUCCCGUGAUGGGUGAUCACCAAAUUCGGCCUCAUCUACUUGUCUCGCCCACUCAUCUCGCUGUCGGAGAAUGGAACCUUGCUCGCGGCAACAUGUCGUCCUCCGUCAAACCCAGCAAUGUGUAUCAAGCCCGUCUUCCCAGCCUCGAGACUAUGGCCGCCUGCGUCUCGCAGUCAUGGCUCGUUAUACUGACCGGAAAGCAUGGCAGUGGUAAGACCGGGAUGGUUCGGGCGUUGGCUAACUCUACAGGGAACCUACUAUGGGAGCUCACCAUCAAUAGCGCGACUGACACGAUGGAUCUCUUGGGCAGCUUCGAGCAGGUUGACGGUCGAGCACACAUUACUGCGUUGGCUCAGGAGGUGCUAACCUUUACUGAGCGUCUCAUGUGUCAGUCCCAUGGGGCUGCUGGUCGGUAUAGCCGGUAUUAUAUACUUCUGCGGCAUCUGCAGUCCAUCACCUCUUUGGCUCCGGUAAUCAUGGAGCAGGCGUCUGAGCUACUCCAGGACCUGGCACCGAUGGCGGAAGGAUCUCCAGCGCUUACCUUGGAAUACGAGCAGCUUUUCAACAAGGUCAAACGGCACCUCGUGUCCAACGCCUCGACUGGUCGGUUUGAAUGGGUCGACGGCCCUUUGGUACGCGCGAUCAAGGAAGGUCACUGGAUAGUCCUGGAAGGCGCCAACUUGUGCAACCCCUCGGUUUUGGAUCGCCUCAACUCUCUUUGCGAGCCGAACGGGGUACUCAUGCUCAGCGAAAGGGGUUUUGUCGACGGCACAGUUCAGGUCUUGAAGCCUCAUCCGAAUUUCCGACUAUUCAUGACCGUGGAUCCUCAAUACGGCGAGCUUUCUCGGGCUAUGAGAAACCGUGGUGUCGAGGUCGCUUUGCUGGACAGGUUUACCCCUGAGGACGAGCAGCGCUACCUCGACGACAUGCGGUGGCCCCGUUCUCUGGAACUCGACUCUCGCGCGUCACCCACCAAUUGCGAAGUUCUUCGACGUGGACUACACAUUGUGGCGACAACGGAAAGUCACUCGUAUUCUCAAACGUGGCCAUCUGGGAUGCCAGUCGAGCAAGAUAUGGCCUCAUCCUCGUUGUUGACUAUUGCUCCUUUCUUCGAUCGGCUGUCUACGUCUGAUGUACGAGCAACAUUGCGUUUCUUCACUCGGACUUUACCUCCCGCGUAUCGCCUUGUCUGGUUGCGUUAUCUUGCUGGUUUCGACUUCGGACCUGCUGGUCAGAUUAUCUCCAAUGCACUUCGUCAGCUGGAUGUCUCGGUAUUCUCGGCGGCACGUUCGAACCUCCGGGAGUCGACCGGCCCAAAUGGGAAACAUGAAUCAAGUGUGGUCGGAAUCAUGGUUCGUGAUUAUUGUUGCUACACUAUAGGCAGCGCGUUAGAUAUCGGGGGCAUGUACUCAAGCUACUAUGGAUUACAGCCUUUGGACAAUUUCAUGGUUCUUCCUUCUAAUACGCCCGACCUCCGCGAACGAGAUAUUCACCUGAUGAUACUGCAAGCCCUAAACCUUUAUUGCGCGAUUAUUAGUUACGAAAUGAACACUUCGAGACGUACCUCGUCAAAACCUCCACAGCAAAGGUCCGCGCUCGAGCGUAUAGUCAACGCAUCAUCGUCAGUUCUGAAUGAGAUUCGAGACGCAUCCAUCGUCGUCCUAAGAAAUUUCUCUGAACGUAUAUAUUCCCAACCAGACUUGGACCUCGCGGUCUCCCUGUUGAGCUAUGCUGAACAUCUCAAAAAGGCCGCAGAUGGGGCUCAGAUAAAUUAUUCCUACGUAUUGACGUUGGCCAAGUGGAUCCAUCAGGCGCUUCAAACCUCAUCGAUCACCUUCUCUCGUGUUCUUCAAGAGUCAGAUGCGCUUCAGAGUGCCAUGAUCCUAAGUACGGGUCAAGGUCUAGCAGAGAUAUGGACAAACCUCCUGCUCCCUCGGCGCGGCCUUUCUCGCGAGACACUGGAACGCCUGGAGGCUGCCGCGCGCACGUUCAAGACGCCUUCCGCAAGCAUUGAUGCCCGGAAAAAAGUAUUUGACGUUAUGUGUCUUGGAACUCUUCCUCAAGCGCCUUCCACCGAAGAAGAGGAGAACAUGCUCGUUCUUGCUUCGAAGCUAUUGCAGGCAUCGGAAGAUUCAGGAUUAAGCGGCGAUGUUCUACCGAGUGAGGGCACCACCCUAUCUCUAGAGUUGGCGACUUUGGCGACCACAUACAACGGCCUGACUACCGCGUCGAGACAAUUAUUGAGAGACAUUUUAAGAGCCGCCUAUCGAGAUCAAUCCGGUGGCCUCGUUCGCUUCGUUUCGUACCAACAUGCUAUUUGGGCUUCCGAAGUUGGCCUAGUGUCGCACGCCGUGUUAUCAAGGGCACAUUGCUAUUGGCUACAGGCGCUCUUGGAUUACACUUUUGAAUACGACUCUGCCUUGAAUGGGCCCAGCGUGCUCCUUCAUCCUGUGAACUUGAAGGUGACGCAGAAGAUGAGCCAAUGGACAAGAAUCACAAUCGGAUCUCUACCGAGUUACGAGGUCUCUUUAGGACGCUUCGCCGACAUUAUUUUAUGUCACUGUGAAAUUGACACGACACGCGUUCAGCAACUGGUCGGGUUCCUCCGCCAAAGCAUCUUGAUGGCGUCCUCGUCGUUUGCGGCCUCAUAUGACGAGGGAUACUUGGAAAAUUUAAGCUCCUGUCGGUCGCAGGGAAACCCGAUUGAGCUGGCCUCGCUGGUGACUGCUCUGCAGAAAACGUCGCACGAAGCAUUCUCGCAAAAUUUACGUGCAAUUAUGGAACCUGCAGUGAACCGACUCGUGAUUGACUCAGCCUCGUCAAAAGCUAUUAAAGAGCUCGGUCGCUGUUUCGUAGCUUUGAACAAGCUGCUCAUCGAGACAUACGUGCCAAAUAUUCCCCUUGACCCUGCUGCGGUAUUGGAGUGUUCAGUGGAAUUUUGGGGAGACGAAGAAGUACUGUUGGCGGAACAGCUGGACUUGCACACCCUUCACGAGAAGAGAGUCACUGGAAACGACCAGAACCCUGUCACACGAUAUAUGGAAGCUGCUCUCGAAAACGUUCGCCAGAGACUAUCUAGCUUCUCUGUUCCGGUUACUCGGCGCUCUGAACGUCAACGAGUGGCCACGUUUUGGGCGGAGUACCAGCAGUUCCAUUCACAAGUCGUAUCGGGAGCAGGGGUUACGGCAAUAGUGUCCUCUGAUGGCCCUUGGGACUCGUCGCUCAACAUGCGUGAAGAGGUCAUUCAAGAGUCUAUCGCCACUUUCUUGCAACGGAUGGAGGAGUCGUAUCCCGAGUUCGAAGACAUUUUCUACCCUAUGAAGCUGGCGUUGCAAUACCUACGGCUUGGUUUGCGGCUUAUCCGCUCCUCAUCGAGCGACGACUCCAACUUUUCUCAUUCCAGACUUGUGGAAAAUUUGCUCCAGUUCCCGUCUAUGCUCAGCUCCCAGCUGCUGGCUUCCCAAAGGGAGGUGGUCGCUGGCCCGAAGUCGUCGGUCUCGCUGUCCGAUCAGGUUAUCUUGCAGCUCUCUUCCGUUUCUUUACUUUCGGCUGUCCAACGCGUAGGAGGGCACGUGAAAGACGUCGAGGUUCUGUACGAGCGCAUUUCUGCACUAUGGAAGCUCGACUGUGCACGUAGAGAGAAGGCAGAAGCUCAGUCGCUCUAUCGAGUUGCUGAGCAUGCGAUGGUCAACGACGAAGAUGAAGAAGCUAACGAAGUCCUUGCUCUGUUCCCGACGUAUGAAGCGGAUAACGAAGACGCAAUGUCACCCGAACAGCAAGAAACAUCCAAAGUCUCCCAGCUUCUCAGCCCCUCCCACAUCCAUACGCUCUGUCGCCUUCACAUUAGUCUCUUCGGUGAUAGGAAUUUGUCGCAAUCCGAAGCACUCAAAGAUUUCCUGGGCUUUGCGCAAGGCGUCGUUGACUCGGAGUUGAAUUCUAAUCUCCCGGCUUUUUCUGAGGCGUUGGAUCAUCAGAGUCUUCCCUUCCAAAUCCUUCGGCUGCAGCACUUGCUUGAUGGCUUACAUAUGAACUCGUCGCAAGCACCUAAUUUCUACCGCGAUUCCAAUGUUUACGAGGCUCGCAAGGCGCUCAAAGCCGUUGAAACGCUCGACUCACGACUCGUCGAACUAAUAGCCGAAUGGCCCGAUCAGAUGGUUCUUCAGCAUCUCCGGGAGCGAUGCCAAGCAGUCCUACAGCUACAUCUGGAUAGUCCUGUCGCCAAGAUUCUCUCCGUUGUUGAGGCGCUGCUGAUUCAAACUGACGAUUGGGAGAUGUACGCGCAUCGGAACAACUCCCUUAAAGAGUACCAGCACACGUUUAUGAAUCUCAUCGUCGACUGGAGGCGACUGGAGCUCUCGAACUGGAGGGCGCUUUUGCAGUCGCAGUACGAGUCUUUCUGCGACGGUGUGUCAACGUUCUGGUUCAACCUCUAUGAUGUGGCGAUCCGCAGCCCUUUGGCGUCCACGGAAGAGGACUUCCCGACCUUCAUCGCUCAAUUGCCGUCUCUCCUCGAUCAGUUUAUUGCUUCCAGCCCUAUCGGACAAUUUGAGGCACGCAUGGAGCUUCUGCGAUCCUUCAUCUCUUUCGUUCACUGUCUAGCUGGAACGAAACAAGCACCAGAGAGGACGUACCUUCACCGUGUUGGCUGCGUCCUGCACUCCACUUGGACGUACUACGAUCUGUUCUCGUCUGCUCUGUCUCAGUCGUUUAGCAAGAAAAAAGCGGCUUUGGAGAAGGAGGUACAGGACUUGAUCAAGCUAGCGAGUUGGAAGGACGUCAAUGUACACGCUCUCAAGCAAAGUGCUCAGCGAACGCACCAUAACCUGUACAAAAUUAUACGCAAGUUCCGGGAGCUGAUGAGGCAGCCUACCUCCGACCAAAUGUCGCUCGUUCUGGCAGGAGAUUCUGAGGGUAGCUUGCUGCGAUCAGAUGUUGGGGUGCGCGACGAAGGGAUCAUCACGUAUCCUAUUCCGAAGUCGCCCACGUUCCCACCUGUCACUCAUGGCGUGCUAUCCCAGCUCAAAGAUAUCUCUCAUACCUUCUCCAGGUUCUCAAACUUCAUCGAAACGAGUAUUCGCCCGGCUUUCAACCAAACAACAGCAGACGUCGCGGACGAGUUGGCUGUCAACAUCAUCGUAAUCAGCAAGGAGCUGGCAGCGACACCCAUACCCGGCGAUCUAUCCAAGGAGAAGAAAGAAAAAUUCUCCAAGGCGCUUCUCGUCCGGAAGCGCAAGGCUUGGAGUGAUCUGCUCAAGGAGCUCAGGCGCGGAGGUUUCGCUACUGGCAUCAAACCACAGGUGGCUGAGCAGCUUCGCAACGAGGGCUGGGUUCGGGAACAGCCCAUUUUAGACUCGAAAUGGUCUUUCUCAGUCGACAAGUCGGAGUACUACUUUACCAGACUUCGCGGCGUCCUUCCCAGCUUCAGGAAUCUGCUUUCAGACCAUCACACCGAUAUUAACACUCGAGAGCUGCAGCGAGCUUUAGCCCUUCUGGAGUCCGGGUAUUCCUUCGCUCUGGACAGCCGGAGAUGUCUGGCUGGAUCAAUCCACGACUUUUGCCAGGUUUCUGAUAUCACCCGCCGGCUGUAUGCGUUGUCGACAGAGGGGUCUGUGAUCAUUGAUGGACCUGCUUUGCAAGCACUGUCCACCUCCCUUCGGAGCGCAGUUGUUUCACUAGAAGAGGUGGUAGAGGGAUCAAGAGCCUACUUUGCGCUUCAGCAAGAUAGGAUAAGUUUAUCCGAAGCUGCGGAACAGUCACUACAAGAGUUACGCUCUCAGGGAACUCGUUGUAUCGAAGAAAUUGAUCCUGUCGUGCGAAUCCAGGGUUCGCUGCCCUUCGUGGAUCGCAUCCUCCCGAGUGAACGUGAAAUUGCGGACAAGGCACUCGACUAUUUGCGUUCGCUGCCGUCAGCUUUGGUCAAGGUUUCCGUGGAAGAGCCAAGGUUAAAGUACCUCCUAGACCCUGUCGUCUGCUGGCUCCAAACGUUGGAGAUGCCAUCCACGCUUUAUCCUAUCAAUAACCAUGUGCUAGAUAAGGAGCAAACAGGCGAAGAGGUCAUCAAUAUCAUGCUAGUCAAUGUGCAGAUCCUUCUAGCGCAGCGUCCACCGCCUACCAAGGAGAGCGACGACGGACAGCCGGAGGACAACUACAUCCGGGAUGGGCUACGGGUUGCGACAGACUCUGUCCGAUGCCUGUCGCUCGACAAAAUCCAGUCGGCCCUUAGUGCACUUUUCGUCGCGCACGCUGGCCAGCCCUUCGAAAUUAUGCGACCCGUACUGAAUCGCAUCCUCCCUUUCCUUCAUAUCUACCUCACGUUCGCCCAAGAACGCAUAAUCGCACAGAUCCGAUGGGUGACGGUGCUCUUCAAGCUCCUCUUCGUGCUGUGCUCUAUCAUGCACACCGUAGCCAAGCAAGGUUUCUGCAGGCCUCCCGAUUUGGAAGAAGGAGGUGAAGGCGAAGAUGCCGGGGAGGUCACAGGUGGCGUAGGCCUGGGCGAGGGCGCCGGGUCGAAGAACGUGAGCAAGGAGAUUGAAGACGAGAGUCAGGUGGAAGGGCUUCAAGGAGAGGACGAGGCAGAGCAGCCGGAGGACAAGGAUAAAGAGGCGGGUGGGAAGGACGAUACAAUUGAGAUGAGUGAGGAUUUCGGCGGGGAGCUCGAGGACGUGCCGGACGAAGAAGACGAGGAGGGAGAGGCAGACGAGAAGGAGGAUGAGGACGAGGGACCGGAGGAGAAGGCCGAGGACUUGGAUCCAACCGACCCUUCAGCUGUCGAUGAAAAACUGUGGAACGGCGAGUCAGGGCCUGAGGAUAAGGAACAAGAUCAGCUGGGGGAGGACAAUAAUCAGCAAGAAGGGAAAGAUUCGGACGUUGUUGCAAAAGAGGACGAGAAGUCGAAGAAGUCUAAGGAUAAAGAGCAGAAGGAAGGCCAGGCGAAUGAGGAGGAGAAGGACGCUCCGGAGGCUCCGGAGGAGGAACAAAGUGCAGGUGAACAGGAAGAGGAUCUACCAGAUGGUGAAGCGCCUAACGAGAGUGGUGCACCCAUGGACGAGCACGUCCCCGAUGCUAAUGCCCUCGACCUUCCUGACGACAUGAACCUUGACCAGCAAGAACAAGAGGAUCACGGCGACAUGGAUAUGGAGGACGACUUACAGGACGACGAGGACGCAAUGUCGGACCAAGCCCCUGAGGACGCGGACACUCAGGGUAUGGACGCUGACUCUCCCGCUCCCGACGAGCCAGUGCCUGAGGACGCUCCGGCUGAUGGCGCUCCUCAGGCGACGGCUGACGAUGCGGAGGAGCCUCCAGAAGACGACGCCCCAGAAGAUGCAGUAGCUCAGCCUGAUCUUACUGCUGGAGGAGGUGAUCCAAGUCAAGCGGAUAAUCGUCAACAACUAGAGGCUGCUCAGCAGGGCGAGUCUACGGGCGCCAACAGGGGCAGCGACGCAAAGGACGAAGCUGAGGAGCGGCCAGAGGCAGGGUGCGUUCGUUUCUUCAGAAUAUAUGAUCCACCAUUGUUGACGCCAGAUAUUAGCGAGCAAGAAAGUGGGCCACAAGAGCAUCAGCCAGAACCAACUGGUGGUGAUACGUCUGGAAGCAAUGCAGAUGGCGUUGAAAGAGGACACGAGUACCGCCAACAGAAUAGGGAACUCGCCAACAACCCACUCCGCAACCUCGGCGAUGCCUUGAAAGAGGUCCAACAACGCUUCCAGGACAUUCUUGAGAGCGAAGAGGGCGCGCCCAAGCCUAGCGUGGAGGAGAAGCCUGAUGGAACAAUCGAACAGGUUGAGUACGCGGACGAGGCCGACGAGGACAUGCAAGCCCUUGGGCCUUCCGAGGAUGCGCAGGUCACGAAGCUGAGCGAGCUGAAGCUGGUGGAGGAGGAUUCUGCGCAGCAGCCUCCCAUGGCACCGAUGGAUGUUGACCCUGCGCUCCCCGAGCCUGAAAAGCAGCCGCCAGUGAACCAGAUGCACAGCGAGCCAACUGCGGAGCGCUUGCAACCCGACAUCGAAGGCGCCAUCUCGCAGAUGAACCCUCGCGAGAUGGACGGCACGAGACAUGUUCCAACGCUUCCUGACUCUACCUCCAUCAAGGCUGAUCAGGACCUCGAAGACGACCCAACGACCCAAGCCCAACAAGAAACCGUCGAGCUCGCGCUGCGCGAAUGGCAGUCCUCCGGCCAACCCUCUCAAGGCGCCGAGCAAAUCUGGCGCCUGUACGAAUCCCUCACGCACGAUCUUUCCUAUGCGCUCUGUGAGCAGCUGCGCCUCAUCCUCGAGCCGACGCUCGCCACACGCCUCAAGGGCGAUUACCGCACUGGAAAGCGUCUUAACAUGAAGAAGAUCAUCCCUUACAUUGCGUCCGACUACACCAAGGACAAGAUCUGGCUCCGGCGCACGCGCCCUUCGCAACGCGAGUAUCAGGUUCUCAUCGCACUCGACGACUCGCGCUCGAUGGCUGAGUCGCACUCGGUGCAUCUCGCAUACCAGACGCUCGCGCUCGUCUCCAAGGCGCUCAGCCGGCUCGAAGUCGGUGACAUCGCGAUCGCCAAGUUCGGCGAGAGCGUCGACGUACUGCACGCGUUCGACCCCGCUGCCGCAUCCGGCGGCGGGCCGUUCACGGACCAGGCGGGUGUGAAGCUCGUGAGUGCGUUCAAGUUCGACCAGAAGGCGACGGACGUGCUCGCGAUGCUCGAGACGAGCCUGCGGGUGCUCGAGGAGGCGCGCGAGCGGCGGGCGAUGAGCUCGCAGUCGGCGGCGGACCUGUGGCAGCUGGAGAUCAUCAUCUCGGACGGGAUAUGCCAGGACCAUGAGAAGGUCCGGACGACGCUUCGCAAGGCGGCGGGGCAACGGGUGAUGGUGGUGUUUGUGAUCAUUGACUCGUUGCAUUCGCACGUUGAUAAGUCGUCUGCGGCUGGAGCGGCGGCCGCGGCGGCCUCGCAAGCGCAGAACUCGAUCUUGUCGAUGUCGCAGGUGGGGUAUAAAAUGGUGGACGGGCGGAUGGAGCUGCAGAUGGAGCGGUAUUUGGAUUCGUUCCCGUUCGAGUACUAUGUGGUGCUCAGGGGCGUUGAGGCGCUGCCGGAGGUGCUAUCGAGCACUCUGAGACAGUUCUUUGAGCGAAUUUCAGAGGAGUAG